AAUAUUAGUUUUAUGCUGACAGCUAAUUACUCUUCAAACAGAGCCCUUAUUUCUUAAAAGUGCCUACGCUUCUAUUUAUUCAGAGAGAAAGAAACAAAUAUGGUGCUGAGAUAUGAGGCUGAACACGCAAAACAAGGGAGGGUGGUGCAGCCAGGGGAAGAGAUAAGGUGUGUCUCUUUUUGUUCCUCAAAAAGACAAGAGCAAAACAAACCAGGAAGGUUAGAAGACAAAUGCUGCAUAAAAAGAAACAGAUGGAGAAAAAAAGAAUUGCAAGGAAGAAGUGAUGAUACAGCCUUUGGAUUAGCAAAUAUUGCUCGCAUGAUGUGAGAUGCCAGCAGGGCAGGUGGUGGCUGCUCUGAGUUGCUUUUCCCUCCUUCCUCCAGAGCUUUCAUUGCUAGAAGGAGUCCCCAGCUGUCCUUGCACUGGAAGUUUUGUUCUUUUCUCUGCCUUCCCUCUGUAACAGAGAGGAUGGGUGUGGAUGGCAUUUGUGGAUCUUUUUCCCCCACCUGCCUGCCAGAUGAAAGCCAGGAGUUAAAACUGGUGCAUGACCAAAGAUGCCCAGAGGUGAUGCCCAGCCUAGAGAAAGCUUUCUGUAUCUAGAAAUCUUUUUGUUUUCCCCAGGACCCUCCAGUCUGAGGAAUUCCAGCCAGGUGUCCAUUCUUUCCCACCACCUCUGAGCUGCCUGAUCUUCAGCUGAAGAAGAGUCAGUGCCACAGCUUUCCUGGCAGCUCAUGUAGCCCUGCUAGACCUUUCCUGCUUAAAAAACAGAGUUUAGAGUGGGAAGCCCCAUGGCCUCUCCCAUUUUAUUGGUGUUUGGGAAAGCCUUUGGGGCGUGAGGAGCACUGGGGCUGUUUGCAGAGUGAGGAGCCAGGCUGGGCUGGACCUGCUGGGCUGACGUGUGUGUGCAGGCACCUUCACCUAUAAAGACAAGUCCAGGGUCACUUAACAGUUGUUUUCUUGGAAAUAAAAAAGGAGAGCUGCUGUAUUGCACAAAUUUUGCUGCUAAAGGUCGUUGGUCACCUGGAGAACAGUCUGGGAGCCACUGCUGUGUGUUCCUGUGGGCAGCCCAGGGCUGGGGCACUCUGACCUUUCCAGGAAAGCUGCAGGAAGCCAAAUAAGAAAUGUCCCCAUGCUGCAGGUUGGGAAAUUUUGGAAGGGAUUAUUCAUCUCUUAAUAUGACCUCUGGAAAAGGUAUUAGUUGUGUAAUUGAUCAGUCAGGCAUGGCUUUGGGGAUUAGCUGAUUUUUUACAUGUGCCAAAUACAAAUCAGUGAUGCUCAGGAUAAAAAAAGACAACUGGUUGUAGCUGGAGAGUGACUGCAGAAAUUCCACGGUGGGAUUCCAUAUUUAUUUGCUCUCAACAAUUUUCAGAUCAAAUUGGCUCGGGGAAAAGUCAAAAUUAUUUCCCCUCUAACUGCUGCCUCUGCAAACUCAGCCUCAGAUCUGAGGAAAUCAGACCGUGUGGUUCCUGCCUUCUGCAUCAUAACCAGUAAUAAAGAUUUUGCUGGUGGAGCUGAGCUGACAGUUUUGCUGAUGAUGGAUGGAGCCAAACAGGCACUCCUGGAUCUCAGGUGGGGGAGCACUGGGGAGACAGGGAAGAGCAUUUCUUUAAAGUAUUUUUAUACCAACCACUGCUUAAAGACAGCCACUGGAACCAGCCAGAGCAGAAAGUUCAUCAUUAAAUACUUCCAGCUCAGUCACGGGAUGUGAGAAAAAUGUGAACAGAGGGAGAGAUUUAUUCAUUUUUCUUCUCUUUUUUUGGGUGCAAAAGCACGUUUCCGUGCCUGAGGUGUGGGAAUGCCUGGUGCCUGAACCUGGCAGUGCCUUUUGUCCCUUUCAAAUGAGGGAAUGUGUCAAAUCCAGGCAGGGAUUGUCCCCUUGGGUCUGACACCUGCAUUCAUUUCCUCUGGAUUAAUGAUACCAAAGCCUGUUUGUUUCACAGUGCAGUUCUCUUCAUCCUGGCUUUUCCUCCCAUCUCCACCUCCACCUGUCUGUCCCCUGUCCUCUUCUAACACAGCUCUAAAGAUGUAUUUGCUCUCAAAAAUCAGCCCCUGGGGGGAUGGAGGCACCAACUCACAGUUAUCCUGCAUCACUCUGCACAUCGGCAGGUGGAUCCGUCUUUGGAACACAAAUAUCUUGACAGUUUAUCACUAAAAGAUAAUUAGGAAGAGACAGGAAUGUUAUCAGGAGCUCAGCCUCUGCUGAAAGCCCCCUGCUGAAGGAUGCUGAGUUUCUUUUGUGUGGUUUUUGACUGUUGUGACUGCAGUGAAAAAACUGCCCAUUUUUGGGGCAGGGCUGGGGAAAUGCUGCAGGUUCUCCUGAUUUUUUUUUUUUUUUGCCACAGCUCUGACCCCUGCCAGGAGAAGUCUCAGCUCUGGUGCUGGUUGCCUGUGGUACAGCUGUGUGGGUUUGGGUGCUCUGGAGCUCUCGGGUGCCCUGGGGGUGAGCUGUGAUCACCAGUUUGCCACAAGCAAGGCUCAGAGCAGCUCUCGGGCUGAGCCGGGCUGUGAAUCCCAUCAUUGUUCAUUUCUGACCAUCUCCUUUCCACAUCCAGCAGGGAAAACUUUGUCAGCCCUCUCCCUUUGCCUGCACUGUGCAACUUUCUGUCCGUACAUUUGGAGCAGAUGCCUUCCAGUGCUGCGAUGUGGGGCCGAGAGCACUCGGGGCUGUAAUCCAUCCCUGGUGCCGUACGUGAGGAGCACCACGCACGGUUCAGCUGGAGAUGCUCCUCCCGAGCACAUCUCCUCACUGAGGCACGUGGGGAGGGUCUGAUCCUGUCUGCUGGGCAGAUGGAAACCCAGGGACUUCCAACAGACUUGCUCUGGCUGCUGGGGAUGAUGAAGUUUGCCUGGGAUAACUACAAGCAGUACGCAAUGGGGAAGAACGAGCUGCGCCCGCUGACCAAGAACGGCCACAUCGGGAACAUGUUCGGAGGCCUUCGAGGAGCAACUGUGAUCGAUGCCUUAGACACCCUCUACAUCAUGGAGCUCGAGGAGGAAUUCCAAGAAGCCAAGCAGUGGGUGGAGAAGAGCUUUGACUUGAACGUGAAUGGAGAAGCUUCCCUGUUCGAGGUGAACAUCCGCUACAUCGGAGGGCUCCUGGCCACCUACUACCUGACUGGAGAGGAGGUGUUCAAGAGCAAAGCCCUGGAACUUGGAGAGAAACUUCUGCCAGCCUUCAACACCCCCACUGGAAUCCCACGUGGAGUCAUCAACCUGGGCAGUGGCAUGAGCUGGAGCUGGGGCUGGGCAUCUGCUGGAAGCAGCAUCCUGGCAGAAUUUGGGACCCUGCACCUGGAGUUCCUGCACCUCUCCCAGCUCUCUGGCAACCCAGUGUUUGCAGAAAAGGUGAUGAACAUCCGCAGGGUGCUCAGCAGAGUGGAGAAGCCACAGGGCCUGUACCCCAACUUCCUGAGCCCGGUGACGGGGAGCUGGGUGCAGCACCACGUCUCCAUCGGGGGCCUCGGGGACAGCUUUUAUGAAUAUCUCAUCAAAUCCUGGCUGAUGUCAGACAAGAAGGACUCUGAAGCUAAAAAGAUGUACGACGAUGCCUUGGAGGCAAUAGAAAAGCAUUUGGUGAAGAAAUCUGCAGGAGGCUUGACCUACAUCGCCGAGUGGAGGGGUGGCAUCCUGGAUCACAAGAUGGGCCACUUGGCCUGCUUCUCUGGGGGCAUGAUUGCCCUGGGGGCCGAGCACAGCACGGGGGAGAGGAGGCAGAGGCACAUGGAGCUGGCAGCAGAGAUCACCAGCACCUGCCACGAGUCCUACACACGCUCAGACACCAAGCUGGGUCCCGAGGCGUUCCGCUUCGACGCGGGGAGCGAGGCCACGGCCACGCGGCUCAGCGAGCGCUACUACAUCCUGAGGCCCGAGGUGGUGGAGAGCUACAUGUACCUCUGGAGGCUCACCCACCACCCCAAGUACAGGCACUGGGGCUGGGAGGUGGUCCAGGCCCUGGAGAAGCACUGCAGGGUGGAAGCUGGCUUCUCUGGCAUCCGAGACGUGUACACCACCACGCCCAGCCACGACAACAUGCAGCAGAGCUUCUUCCUCGCAGAGACUCUGAAGUACCUCUAUCUUCUGUUCUGUGAAGAUGACGUGCUGUCCCUGGAGGACUGGGUGUUCAACACCGAGGCUCACCCCCUGCCCAUCAACCACACGGACUUGAAAGCAGCAGGGCAGCCCUGAGGCCCUGCCCAGCUCCUGCUCCCCCAGCCUGGGCAGACUCUGCUUUUCCUUUCCAUUGAAGGAAUUCCUGUUGUUCCUGAAAUGGUGUUUUGGGGCACUAGUCCAAUUCCGGACAGUAUUUUCUUGGGAAGAUGAACCAUGACUAAGCACCUUCUUUUCCUCUGUGAGGAGCUCUAUUAGGCUGAUGAUGAGAUGUUUAUUCUGGGCCAUACUGUACACAGUUCAUAGACAUUCCUUUAUACAGAGAAUUUAUAUGAAAUCCACUGAUUUUGCUUUCUAGUGGCCAAAGGACUGGAAGUUUGCCAUAAAAUAGAAUUUACACACACACAAACACACAUCUCCUUUCCUUUCUCUGGUUCAUUUCUGCCUUUUAUCUGCUCUUGGAUUUAUCACCUUUCCAGUGAACAGUUCUCAGUAUUCUGAGCUUUCUGGUGCUGGGCUCUGGGGGCUCUUCAGGAGAACGAGGAAGGGGAGCUGUCCUUGGGAGAGCAGGAAUUCCUGGGGAUGGCUGAGGAGCCAGCUGAGAGCUCAGGAGCGAAGGGAGGACACGAAAGGUGAUGUUCUACUGGGAAAAGAAGAGGAUCAAACCCUCCACAGACAGGAGCAGCCUCAGGUUGGAAUUUACAGAUUUCAGGGGGGGCUUGGACCACCCUGAUCCCUGCUGGAGGGUAACUCAGGAGCAAUCCAGGAGGCUCCUGGAGAGGGUUGGUGAUGAAUUCCCCCUCCAGGGGACACAGGAGCCAGCAGAGGGGCUCUGCUGAGCCCAGGAUGAGAUCCAAGAUGAGAUCCAAGAGGAGAUCCAAGGCUGCCCAGGUUGGUGGUGAGUUGAGGAUCCUGAGGGCAGCAGGGAGGGGGAAAGCUCCAGCCUGGGCUGCAGCAGAGCAGACCUGGAGGUCUCCAGAGGGACAGGGACAGCCCUGGGGCCCAGGUGGCCCUGCCUGAGCAGGGACUGGGACAGGGCCACCCCGAGGUCCCCUCCAGCCUCAGCCACUCUGUGACUCAACUGUAACUAAACCAAAACUUGGCUGCAAAAUCCUUGCUCCUGAUGUAUUUUUAUAUACUUUUUUUCUGUGCUCUUAAAACACAUUUACCACCCAUCACAUCUCAUUUAACUUUCCUUUAUCUUUUCUCUCUUUUUUUUUGGUGUUUUUCUACUUUUAUUUGGAACUAAAUGUUAUGAGUCACUUGUAAUAAUUUUAUUGCUGUAAUAGUCAGAUCUGUGAAACAGAAUAAAAGUCUUGUAAAAUAAAAAGCCUGUUGGGGUUGAUCCUGUAAAAGACCAGUUACUCCAUGCUUGGAAUGAGACAAUACUGGAUUUAAAGAGUGGAUUCAAAGAGUUUUGUGCAGCAGAAGCUGAUUUCUAGGGGAAUCUA